UUUUUCUUCGACAAUUCCCCUUAACAUGUGAGUGUGACGUCUUUAUUACCCAGCAAUGCGGUUUUCCCGUUUGUGUAACGGGCAUUAAUUUUCCCCUCUAAGCUUUCAUUUGGUGCUGUUAGUUAUCGAUUGUGAGUUUGCCAAAGUGAGGGCUCUCUGAACGUAGGACUUAGGCCCAAAUGCGUGUCUUUUGAAGCUAUAGAAAGAGCCAGCAGACUAUACACUAGGAACACGUUGACUAUCAUGUAAAUAGAUUCUUAUUUUGCAAAUUUAGUAAAAUUUAGGCGAGGAAACAAAAGAAGACAAUCCUAUUAAUAGAGAUAAGUCAGCUCUGCAUUGUGAAAUUGUAAAGCGAAAUCGGUGUUGCCAGAAAGAUGCUUUUACGCUUACCUUCUUAUUGUGAAUACAGUUAAAACGUGAAAUAAAAAUCCUAUUUUAUUAGAGUCCGGAGCCAGAAAUUAAUAUUUUGAACUUUAUUGGAAUCCGGUCAUUAACUGAGAAACAUCAGCAACUUAAAUGCUGCUUUCCUAAACUCCAGAAAACAUAACAUGCUGUGGCAUGUUAAUGACAAAAUGGACAGAUGAAAUAAUUUGAUGAUAAUGGGGAUAACCCUUUUUUAAACGGAUAAAGAAACAAAGUUGGCUGAUGUGUCUACACGAUACUCGAUCGAAGGAGAUGCUAGUCAUUGAACGCUGAAAAGUUUGCCGAAGUACACAUUACAUUAACAUCGCCUGAUGUACCACUGACUGCCAUUUUCACGUUAAGGUGCCACCCAAAUAACAAAAAGCUUGGAAAAAUGAGAUAUUUUGUAUGGUCACGUGGCACUUACAUCGAACAUUUUGUAACGAGUAUUUAUGGACUUCAGAGCAAUGAUGAGCCAGCAGGUUCUACACUGGAAAUGAUAAAGUGCACAGCGUUGCUGCGAAACUGAUCAGGCAGAUUUACAUAUUGAUCAAUGUACAAAUCAAGGCCUAUAAAACCAGCUGUAGGUUGAAGAAACAUUACAUAGAAGCACAGAACGUCUAGCUGGCUGAAUUCGACUGUGUAUCUAAUAUCUUCUUAUAAAGGUUUGUUCAUUUUAAAACACCUUUGUUGUUAAUAUAAGGAUCGUUUCAUAUUCAUCGUAAACUAGAUUCCGAGUCUAAAACCUGUCUGCAUAAACACUGACAUUCUUAAAGAAAUGAGAGUUUCGUUCAGAAAGAGCAACACUGUUGAAGCUAUAUUCAAACAAGACUUAAUAGCCUAUUUCGUGAAUAAAAAUUAUUUCGACUUUUUCAGAAGGAAAGACGAGAAUUGAUGUAACGGAUAUCUCUUCGCUAUAUUAACGAAUACAUCGGUGAGAAAAUAACCAGGAAUUCGAGCGACGUUCAAUUAAAGCAACAACUGAACAAAUAGCGAUCAAAAACACCAGCAUUCAGCAGACAUUUCAAGCGCCGUAAAACUAGACUGUUGAAAAAGUCUUAGUGUCAAUUAAUCGCGUAAUGAGUUGGUUCUUGUACUUGUACUUUAAUAACCAGGUAAGCUGGCUUGUACUUUAAGCAUGGUGCUUAUGUCGAAAUCGAAAAACAGGGAUUACGGCAAUGAAUCAUCAAAGCGAACUUCUUAUGUAAAAAUAGCAGCGAUAAAUAUGACCGUUGCUCCAUAAUAUCCUUUAAAGAGGUUGUCUUGAAGUCGGUAGGUUGUCUAGAAUUUUGCAAUAGCAAAUGGGAAGCUUAUAAAUGAUGUAGUACAACGUGAUAUUUUCAUUUUUCUGUAAGCUUAAACUUUUGCCGAAGCACUUGCUUUAAAAGUAAGAUUCGUUCUCAAUAUCCAACUUUUUGCAGUUGUCUCGACAAACGAACUUCUUGCUAUGAGUAGCUACUAUACACAACAUUGAUGGCGAUAUUUGCACGGACUCAAAGUCUUAACGUGCAUUUGACAGUUUGAUUGCCUGUGACCCAAAAAACACAAUAUCAAAAAUCAUUGCUGAAUAGAAAGGUAAAUUACUUUGAAACGACGUCUAAACCGGACUGCUAGUAACAUAAGGUAGGAAACCUUUUUAUUUUCCAUCGAGUCAAGUUACAUAAUUUGAUCAGUUUCAAUGUGUUGCAGAUUGGAAUAUCUCUAACCCUUACAAUUACUAUUCCAAAUACCUUAGAUUUAUCUUGAUGACCUAGUCCAAUAUCGAGCAAUGCAAAGUUGCCGAUGAAUAUUGGCGUAUUUCUAAGGCUCCUUACAUCCGCACAACCCACUUGUCAGUUCGGGGAUUAUUCAGGACUUUUAUCGAAGCCAUUAAGCUCCAAAUGUCUCCAUUUUAUCUUGAUGAUGUCGUUAAACAUGAAGCAAGGCUAAUUUGCCAAUGAACAAUAGCGUUUUCGAAGGCUCCUUAAGAAUAAACUAAAUCAACAAAAAACGAGGGGAAAAUUUGAAAACUUUUAGUAAGAAUUAAAUCUUUGCUAAAUGAGUCAAUGUAUCAAGUUACAUAACAGUACGGUUGCAUUUCCCAUUCGACUUUUCAGUGGGUUAUUUGUAUACAGCCUACUAGAUUGUUUUCAAAGCAAGUUGUCUUUCUCGUUCUGGUUUCUAUCCCUUCAUUUUGAUAAAAUAGGGUGCAAUGUUUCAAGAAAUUUAUCUCCAUUUUCCUGAAAGUUAUCAUCUUAAGAGACAGGUAGAAAGUAAGAAUAGUAUGCACAAGAAUUUCUAUAAAACCAGUAAAUUGGUUUUUGGAUGAAUCACUUGAAACAGCUUCGCCCGUGUCUGAAAUAUAUUUUUUAUCGUUUUGUUAGGAUAAAAUAUUUUUAGAUAGAAGGACACUUUCAACACAGGAGUGCUGUGGUUGGGUAGGGCAGAGAAGGGUUAUAGACACUCUUAGAAAUCGAAUUUGUUACAAAAUGCAAGGACCGCGGGGCAUAUUUCAAAUAGAGGGGGCUAAAACGUUUUAAGGGCUAAACAUGCUAAAAGCCAAAAACAGGGCCACUUUUAUGAUUGAAGUACAUUUUAAAAAUGUUUGGGGGGCUAAAGCCCCUGUAGCCCUUUCCCCCACUUCCGCGGUCCCUGAAAUUAUAAUUCUUUGUCAGUUUUUCUGUAAAAUUUCAUCUUUUUCAAUCUCCGAAAAUUAAUUUGCGCUUUUAUUUCUACACACUUUAUUUCUGUUAUCACCAGGAAUAACCUGCCAAAAAUACCCUGCAAGGAAUCUAAAGCUAUGUUCACAUUGCUCCGUAUUCGUUUUUAUCCGUUUUCAUAUCGAUCCGUUUUACCUGUUCACACUGCUCUGGAUACAUUUGAUAACGGCGUAAAAACGAUGAAGCGUUCACAUUGCUCCACUCAGGCUAAAAAGGAAAACGCCACGAACUGGUUUACAGACCUUACAAAUAUUCCUCCAAGUAGUGUAUUAACUUCGAGUGAAUCAGCCAUGUUAAGAAAAUUUGUUCAAAUUGGCGCGGUCUAAGCAUCUUGCUGCGCUGUUGUUGUUGUUAUCGUUUUCAAAAGUAUCCGUUUUCGGUGUUCACACUGCGCUUUGCGUUUUCGAAAGUCUCCGUUUUCAAAAGUCUUCGUUUUCAAAGUGCGUUUUCGAUAUGAAAACGGAUAAAAACGAAUACGGAGCAAUGUGAACAUAGCUUUAGAAUUUUCGAAGCAAAUGACCUAUCAAUAUGAGGUGAACACUUUUCUGGCAGUAAUUUAAUUUAGCUUCAUCACAAGAAUGAUAAACAGGUUUAACUUUGUUUGUUUGGUUAUCCUUUCGUUUUAUCAUACUUUCACUGCUUGAUUUCAUUUAAACAGAAGUCUCCGAAAACACGUUUAAUUUGAAAGCUCCCCGAAGUAAAUUUCAAGUCUAGAGCCUCAUAUCCAACUUCAAAACAUGUGAAUUAAUAAAAGCUGAGUUAAAGAGUUCACGGUUUAUGUUUCCAAAGCGGGUUGUACAUAACGUUAUAUAUUUUAUAUUGCAAUUGUCCAGCUGAUGAUUGCUUCGUAUUUUUCUUAACAAGAACUUUAUGAAUAAUUAAAAACCUUACGGAUUUCAACAAAGCAUCAAAUUAAUAUUCAUCAUUUUAACCAGUAACAAAAAUACUCAAAACUUCUGAGAUCAAUUUAUAACUUAAAUAACGAACACUUUGCAUUUUAGCGGAUGAAUCAUGACAAGAUGAACAAUUGAAGACGAUCUUGAAAACGAGGCUUUGAUUGUUUAUGGUUGCAUGCAAUUGCAGGAAACAAUGAAGGAGGUAGAAUGAAGGACCUUAUAACAAAACAACUUCAAAAGCAUUUAGAAUACCUAGCUGGUAUGGUAGACGUAGUUGAUAAAGACAAAAAGAUAAAGAAAUGAUUACUGAGAACGGGACUACAAAACAGAACGUUACUUCUGGUUUUUAUGUGGCAACAGCAUUUUAUGUCUCCGUUAUUACAUUUUGCAGUGUGCUCUUCAAUUCUAUGGCUUGUUAUAUUUUGGCAACAAAAUUUCAAGGUUGGAAGCCACAAAUGAGGAUAUUAUUUAGCAUGUUUCUUGGAGAUGCCAUAGCUCCAGCGAUUGCCUACCCUCUAGUAGUGUAUUCAAAUGCAGUUAAGGAAUGGAGCCUUGGAGGAAAAGCAUGCUCGUAUUACGCUUUUACUACCAGUGUUGGUGGUAUAGGGAGCAUUUAUCACCUAGUCUUGCUCUCUGCUGAGAGAUAUAUUGGAAUAGUCUAUCCGUUUGCUUAUCAGGAGAUCACUAGAACAAAAAACGUUACACGAGGUCUCAUAAUUGCCUGGUCCCUAGCAACCGUUUCUAGCGUCUUUCCUCUUUUUGGCUGGUCAUCAUAUAAAAUCGAAGGUGUCGGCACGUCAUGUUCGUUUGACCUAUUCGCGGAAUCUUGGUCAGACAAAAGCUUUGGUAUUUACUUGAUUACUGUCGCCUUUGCUAUUCCCAUAACAAUGAUCUUUAUUCUCAACCUCGGCUUCCUAAAGGUUGUGUUCAAACUCACAGAAUGCCCAUGUCGAAAGAAUUCAAACCAAAGAGAAGUCCAGCAUAGUGCAGUUUGUCAAUUGGGCAAAGAUAGAAAGAUUGCAAAUCAGAUGUGCAUCCUUGUCAUCGCCUUGCUAUUUUCCUUUCUUUCCUCGUGGCUGCCAUAUGCUAUUGUGUCGGCGCUCGGAAUUAUCGGCAAGCUACCACGCGACAACGCCAUUGCAAUCAGCGUACCUUCAUACUUUGCUAAGUCGUACACGAUUUACGAUCCACUCCUAUACUUCUUUCUCGACAAGAAGUUUAGAAACGCAGUUAAGAGAGUUUGUUGUGGUAAUACACGAACAGAAGCAGGGGAUAUACCGCCUACUGGAAUAGUUACAGUUGGUCAUACAGCUACGCAAGGGCUAGAAGAAAGAAAGGAGGAUUACAGAAGCGAGGGAAGGCAACAAGAUGAAGUAUUGGGCGAAGCAGCAGAGCCAUUUGGCGACGAAAUAUUGUCAAUCAAUGCUAUGAUCGCACAAUAUCAGGGAUGAUAUCUCUCUGGUGAAAUAGAAAAUAAGCAAGAAAAUGUUGACAGUACAGUGGGCAAUGCCUUGUCCCCAGCUACUUGUUAACCUUGCGAUAAAAUAUACAAGCAGGAGGCAUUCAGUAAAGAAGGUGCAAUUUUGGAGGCUUCUAAUUGAGCAGUUACACGAUAGGAACUGGGAGUCGGAAUACCUCGAAUUGGCUUCCAAUCAACCGCCAGCACAUAAUAACCUUGACCAGAGAUGCUGGAGCAGGGGGCAUAAGGGGGCAGCUCCCCCUUCCCAUUCACCAGGAGGGGCAGAAGGAGCAAAUGUGUCCUUUAUAAGAAAAUAACAAUUCGGAAUAUAGUCAUUUAUUAUUCAAAGAUUUAACGUUAACCACAAUUCCCAACGGCUCUUAUGCUUCUAUUAUUCUUUUUUGCUCAAAAAUAAUAGAUGAUUACAAAACAAAAGUUAGAAUUAACGAAAUAUCAAGCAUAAGAAUUAACGUUGACAGUUACUUUCGUAAAAUUAUUGUCAGCCUCCUACUGCUAAUUAUUGUCACAUGCUUUUACUCUCUUGCGAAGUUAAAGUUCAAAUGAAAUAAAAGAAUGGAAUAAUUUCUUUUUCUACGAUGCCAGGAGCGGAUAAAAGGGUAACCUUACGGCGCAAAUAUGCGCCGAUCUAGCCACUGAAGAUGCCCUUUCUAAAUUUCUACCCCCUUUGCCCUUUAUUGGCUCCGGCGUCCCUGACCUUGACACCGGUUUGGCAAUAGGAAGUACUUUGGAUUGUCACAGCCUAUUCUUAACUGAAACGCCUCCUCCGAAAUGGAAGAAAGCGCUUAGUGAAUCUUACCCGGAAUUAACGCAAUCCGAGGUGAGACCAAUCGGAAAUGAACCCAAUUUUGAAUGAACAAACUCUGAAAUGAACCUAACCCAGCAUCGUGUAACUCAGAACCUUCGCCAAGAUGUAUCAUAAGGAAAACAAAAGUUUUAUAAUCCGUUGUUAAAAGAAGUGAAUUGCUAAAAACAAGUGGGUUGAAAUAGCCAUAAUACUAAUUAACAAUUUAAAAAUUAUACGGAGAUUCAUGGCUAAAACACUAACAUCUUUAAGCGGAAACUAAAUAUAUUCUUAAUAUAUAUUUCUACUUCCACUGAUGUAGAAGUUUGGUGAUGUAAAUAGAAAACAAGAAAAAAUCAAUUUGUAUAUGUGUGUAUGUAUCAACAUUCAUAAAACUGUAGCUCACAAGCAAAUUUAAAAAGAAUCUUGUAACUGCAGAUUCUGAUAGCGUUUCUUAGAUAUAAUUCACGAUGGAUAUUUACAUGUGUAGGAAAUUGGCGAAUGGUAUACAGUGCCCGCGUCACCAUUCUUUCAACAUGAUUGCAAUUGUAAUGUUCAUUUUCUGCAUUUUAUCUUGUUCUUCAGUGGGAGAUACGAUUGAAAAUAACAUUUAAUUGGAAGAAUCCGAUGGAAAGUUCGGCUAAUCUUUACGGAAUUGAAAUUAAAUAUAGCCUACAAUUCACAAGCAUUUUUGAUUUUGGUCAAAUAUUGUUGUUUGAUUAUUUAACACUAGCUAGUAUUUUAUCAGCUAUGCCAUGUUCAAGUUUUGCAAAAAGGGCACGAGGAGGUUAUAGAGCAAAAUGCGGAUCAAAAUUGGGCAAAAACGCCCAUUUAAUCAUAGCUUAAAUACAUUUAAGAAUAAUUUUUUGCAGCAAUUUUGACAUGUUAAACGGUUGUCAAUUAUCCGACGAGAGUCAAUGGCCAGGUGUCACAUCAGUUCCAAUUAAAUUACAUCCGAAAUGAAGUUAACCAUCUGAGUGUAAUUUGGCAACCAACCAUGUCGUAAUAAUACGGUACAAGCAGCUUACGAACAGUCUUGUUUGAAAAAAUUGGAUUAAAAGUUCAGUUUUCCGCAACAACUACGGCAAAAGGAGAUGAGCAAGACAACCUUGUUCGGUUGACUGGUUGGUUUCUCAUCGAAUGAACAGUAGAGCGACACGAAAAUCUUUUUUAUAAUCGAUCCGACAUUAAAUAUUCAAUAAGUGCUGACCAACACAAACUUUCUCCCUGCCUUGGCGUACAUUUGUAGUGAAACAUCACAUAUCUAUGAAAGUUAAUAUGAGAGUACCAAGAUAUGGCUUUAAAAUUAAUUGAAAUACCGAAUUUUCCAAAUAUUUUAGGAUGUGCAUAUGUACAGGUAAUUUCGGUGAAAUGAGUAUUGGCAGUGUAGCCUGAGUUCCAGACCCCAAACUAAUCAAUUUCUUGCCAAAGUUCAAUUGCAUCCCUGUCUCUCUUUUAAAACAAUGUUGUUUUAUAUGAUUUUAAGCGUUUCCCAGCUGUUUCUUUUCAGAUAUUGAUGAUAGCCAACUUAUCACCUAGAAUAAUUUUUGGGGAGAGUGGGCGCGGUCGGUGUUCUUUACUUGAAUUUUUUUCUAAAGAACACUUCUGCAGCUGGGCGUCCCAAGCAGGGCCGUCCUUAGUUUAAAUGCUCAGAUUCCACUUGCCGACAAAGUGAGUAACCAAUCCUUUUUUUCUGAAAAGUCAGAAAAUUUUUCCGACAAAGCAUCCCUACAUAGCAAAAACAACUAGAUUUUAAAAUGCAAUCCCCUCCCCCACGCCUUACCGUAGCGACGGCCCUGGUUCACAGGACUUAUGCCAGGGGUUUUAAUUGACAAUUGAUUUUACGGUUUUAAAAAUCUUAUUGAAAUUUGCAUGUAAGGUAAAAUAAUAGUAAUAGUUGAAUUAAUUGUUAGCUCAAAGGCUGUUUCUCACUGGUGUUUAAUUUAAUUUAUUUUCAUGUACGAGCAUAAGUCUUUAGUUCUGAUGUGAUUCUUUCUGUGUUUUGAUUGCAGUGGCAUUGCUUAUUGUUAAAAUCAAUUCUGCUUUCAAAAUUCUUUAUCAGUAGCUACUCAGAUUUGCUUAUGGAAAAAAGGCCUUCAUUUUCUAUCUACAUAUUAGAUUCCAUCAUUCAUAAAAAGCAUACGAGAUCACCACGAAAACAAAAAGACUUCCACAAUACGUGUAUCCACAAUGAUAAACUGGUUAAUUUAAUAAGAAUUCAGAAUAAAUCUUGCGAUCAAUUUCUUACCCGCUCGCUUUAUUGUGUCAAUUUGGCCUGCUAAAAUGAUAAGAAGGCCGAUGCUAAAAUAAUCGACAUAGAUAUGAUUAAAUUUUUUUCCAAUGUGCAUUUUUAUAUUUUAUGGAAACUGCAAAUUUUAUUACACGUUACAUUGAUAUAUGGUACAUAAGACUUGCAUAUACUAUGGUUUAUUAUGUCUAAAAUCGAUGAUAAAUAUGAUGUUAUUUGAAUGUUUUUUUAUAUUUCUGUUUUUGCAUUUAUUUGCUUGCAAAAUAAAUUGUUAGCAAGUAUUAUUGCAGUGCACAAAGUAUUCAUUCGAAAAAAUUACGAAGAAGAAUAUUCUCAGUUGUCUUACUGUUUCUACGUCUACACUCUUGGGCUACAAAAUUCAAUACCAUAAGUCGGGCACUAAUUCAUUAGAGUAAUAAGAAUCACAAAAAAUCAUUAAGGCCACGUGAAUCGAGAGCAAACUUCAGAACCGAAAACAAUCUCUUACGCUUUCGAAAAAACCAUUUAUUUUGCUAUUUCUCUCUUUAUUAUCCAUCUGUUUCCCAUCAGGAAAAGAGAAUGAUUAAUUGUUCCUCGGGAUCAAGUGAAAAGUUCUUCCUCGGAAUCUAGUGAAAGCAUUAUCAUAACAUACAGCAGGCACACAAGAGUGCACAACUUAGGCAUUAUGUCAAACAAUUUCUUAGGACUUUCAUACCCAGAGGAGGGAAGGGGUGAGGUGCCCUGGUGAUUACAGGUUAGGGAUGCUCAGGUUGGUUAUGAAAUUAGGAACUCCAAAAAGUUGCUCUUCCUCAACUUACACACUUCCUUAACUUAACGAGCUUUAGUGUUCUCAACUUUAUUUGAAAAUCAAAACUUUUUUUUAAUGUUUUGCAGCAUUUGAGGUCUGAAAAAUAUUUCAGCAUCGCAUAAACCCAGUGACUAAACAAAAAAGUGGCUUAAAUUGAAAUUUAAAAUAUGGCUUAACCCAAAGCAGUAUUUUUACAAAAUUUACAAGCACAAAAGAGUACCCUGAACAUCCCUAUUAAAAAUAUCAGAGUACUCCCUAUACUAUGGGCUUUAAAAGAUAUAAAUCAAUCAGAUUUCUUUUAAAAUGUUGAAAGACAGAAUAACAGGGACAUGGCUGUACAUGUAAUCGUUUGAUAAUAGUGCUAAGCUGACAAACUCUCCAGAAAUUUGGACCUCACUGAAUUUGACUUGAAUCAGUAUAAAAAGUUGUCAGGAAGGUUAGUCAGGAGAUAAUUGAUACCGGGAAAGGCCAAUUUAGACAUACUAAGCGCUAAGUUGGAGCCUAGAAUGAAAAAGGACCAUUAUUUAAAAUCAAUACCGGGGUAAAAGUAGAUAAUGGAAACUUUUCAUUUCAAAUUCGCUUUAAACUACAAGUCUCUCUAUUGCCAAUUGGAUUUUUGAAUGGGUAGUCUUUUUCACAAAAUAUAACUAUUACAACUGUAGUACUUUAAAGAAGAUGAAUUGGAAGUAGCUCUGGGUUUGUCCAAGUUUUGUUUUUACAGCAGAAAUAACGAAGUAUUUGGUGCAAAUGGAGAUACUUUGAAGCUUGGAGACGAGAAUAGCGUUUAAUAAUGAUGGGAAGAAGACAGAGAGUCAAAGUUGUCGGUGAGAGAGCUGCAAGAGUUGCCAAAAAGGCCAUGUUAACUGAUAGAAAGAUUGAAAAAUAAACUGACUUAAACUGAUGCUUUGAAUCUGAUAUGAGGCUGUGAAAUGUCUCUUUCUCUUAGUAACUCAGUUGAGUGUUGAAAUAUCAUUAGCUGUAUAAUGUAAAAACAGGUGUAUUUGGUUUAUAGGAGUAGCCUAGUUCUUAUAUCUGAUCCCUAGGUAUGAUAGAAGGGGAAAGAAAGAAUAGUAGAUUCUUCCGUAGAGAAAAAAUCGAUUGAUUGAUUGCCCUGUGAUAUUGAUAUCAAUAUUAUCUUCGAUUUUAAUCUCGGUGCUCAUCUCAAAAAAAAAGUUUUUCUGAAAAUUUUGAUUUCAAGAAGGAGCCUACUUAAACACUUAGAUUAAAAUUGAACGAUAAAAUCAGCAUAUCAGCCAAAAGCCGCGGGUUAUAGCGUUCUUUUCUCUUGCUUUCCUUUUAUUUUCAUGCUUGUUCUCUAAAAAUAUAUACAUACCCAAAUACACCCACAUAUACGAUAUGCACUCAUGAUAAAGUUACAUGAUAUAUACA